AUGCAAAGAGAACACGACAAUCGGAUUUCGCUGCUAUCCAUAGCCGAAAUAGAGGCCAAUUUCAGGGCGCUAAAAACAUCCAAUGCCUUGGAUGGACACGCCAAUUUGCUUAACAGAAAUUGGCAACCUGCGCAGAGUCCAAACUUUGCCUCUAACAAAGAAGAUGCCGUUGUUUAUAGCCUUGACGACGAUAUGGAUUGGAUAUUCAACGAAGACGCAGAGAUAACUAAAAGCAUCCAAAGUGUGUCCAAUCCGUUGGGUUCCUUCUCAUUAGCUCCACCCCCCAAAAAUGCACCUUCUCCUUUGCCUUCUAAUCAAUGCUCCCCUGCUCCAUGUUCUGAUUCUGCUUUUUUGGAUGAAUUUUCCGAAACGGAAAGGAACCUUCAGCACCCACAUAAAGGUCCUAUUAAUUGCUUCAUACCCAAUAGGCCUUUUCAAAAAUUCUCCCAUCCUGCCAUCAAGAAAUAA